GGUGUUUAAAUUUUUCCACCAGUUCUGUGCUCAUGGGGAGGUACAAUAUCAACAGCUAAUCAGGAAACGAACCUAUCAUCGCUGGGGGUCGAUCUUGAUUUGGCAUUUCGUUUAAUUUAGGGGUCUGAUCUCUUUGUAUUAUCUUGUUUACUUUCGAAGUGAUCGACAACAUGGGUAUUCAAGGAAGGUUGACCGUCCUUUUGUCAUGCCCCGGUCUUUACCCCGGAAAUAGUAGGUCUGCAAAAAUCUUUUCUCCACAAAGUAGCAUCAUCUACCGAUCGAUCACCGUUAUUGUCAACCUGACAGAACAUUGAAGUCUUGGCGUUGAGCAAGCUUAAGAAUUUCAGCUGUUUUGUGACCAAAAUGAUCUUUUUCCGGAUUUUGCUUUCGAGGUUUCUAAAAACUGGAAUAGCCACUUGUUUUGCUCUUCUCUGCCUAAUUCCACAAUCAAAGUCUCUCAAUGCAGAGCCCUUCUUAAUCUUUGGCAACACUGUGGACAUCCGGCGAGUGAAUCUUGAUGGAACUGGUUAUGACUAUGUUGUGCGAGGCUUAACAAAUGUUGUUGGUUUGGACUUUGACAUUAAAACACAAAUGAUAUAUUGGUCUGAUGUAGGUGUUAAGAAAAUUCAAAGGGUACACAUUAAUGAUGGGCUUGAUCCUAUGAAAAUUGAAGAUAUUAUAGCUGAAGACUUGGGAAUCCCAGAAGAUGUGGCUGUGGAUUGGACGGGUCGUAAACUGUUUUGGACCGAUGCAAACAAGAAGAUUAUUAGUGUUGUAAAUCUAGAUGGCACACAGAGAAAGGCAUUGAUUGCCACAGGCCAUGACAAACCAAGAGCUAUUGUACUUGAUCCAGCAGAUGACAAAGUGUAUUGGACAGAUUGGGGAAAUGAGCCAAAAGUGGUAAGAGCUAAAAUGAGUGAUGGUACACACAAAGAAGUUCUUGUAAAUUCGGGCAUCGUAUGGCCAAACGGACUCACUUUAGACUAUGCUGAUAAGAUGCUGUAUUGGGCAGAUGCCAACACAGAUAAGAUUGAGAAAUCCCAAUUAGAUGGCCAGCAUCGAAGGGUGCUCAUUGAUCGCACAAGGGUGUAUCAUCCAUAUGCUUUGACUCAGUUUGGUGACAGACUUUAUUGGAGUGACUGGCAUCAGCAUAGUAUAGAACACUGUAAGAAGGAUACCGGGAAUGAUCGAGUCAGCAUCACAGGAGGCCUGACAAGGCCCACGGCAUUACAUGUCUAUCACCCUGACCGGCAACCAGGAGCAGACUUUAAUGAAUGUGAAAUAAAUAAUGGGGAGUGCAGUCACACAUGCCUGGAUCUGAUUGGUGGAUACAAAUGCAUUUGUCCAGCUGGAUUUGAACUCAAAUCUGAUGGAAAGACAUGUGAAGAUAUAAAUGAAUGCAGCUAUAAUCGUGGAGGAUGUGAGCAACUUUGCAUCAAUUCUCCAGGAAAUUACACCUGUUCUUGUUUAACAGGAUACACUUUGCAGAGUGAUGGAAAAGCUUGCCAAGAUGCCGAUGAGUGUCGCAUCAAUCACGGGGGCUGUGAAUUCAGCUGUAACAAUACAGCGUCUUCAUAUUACUGUUCCUGUCGCUCUGGGUACCUGCUGGCAGCAGAUAAACACUCCUGCCUGGACAUAGAUGAAUGUCAGACUCUUACCCACCAGUGUCCAGAUCUUUGUGAGAACACUCCAGGUUCAUACAAAUGUUCAUGCUCUUCAGGCGUGACCUAUAAUCCAGUGAACAAGACCUGUGAUGACGUUAAUGAGUGUUUAACCAAUCAAAACUCGUGUAAACAACGCUGCAUCAACACCCGAGGUAGUUUUUACUGUGACUGUAACCCAGGCUUUCUCUUGAGUAGUGAUCACGUGACGUGCUCAGAUGUGGAUGAAUGCAGCCAAUCAAACCACUCCUGUCAGCACCAGUGCAUCAACACCUUUGGUUCUUACGUGUGUGGCUGUGAUGCUGGCUAUACGUUAUCUGCUGAUGGGCGUACAUGUGACAUACUGGAUUGUGGCAAGCCAGAUGGGAUGGCAGGAAUUUCGGUAAAGUGUGAUGGAACUCCAGAUCAAUACAGGUUUGGUAAAAUGUGUACAUUAUCCUGCACUAAGGGAUUCCUGAUUGGAUCAAGCCUUAUCACGUGUCAAGCAUCGGGCCAAUGGAGCGUCAUCACAGGCCAGUGCGUGAGUCAGCUCCCAGGCUCCAACAGCCCACCUCUCGGAAUCUUACUAUCAUCGCGUUUUAUACCAGAAAACUCCCCUGUUCAUGCUGUUGUGGGAAGACUUACUACAGUUGACAAUGACGAGAAGCAGUUCUUUACUUAUACUUUAAUUGAUGGCGCUGGUGUGUUUACUGUUGAUAAUAAUGCGGGCACCUUGGUCCUUACUGGUGACGUAGACUACGAGCGACAGUCAGUGUACAUGGUGAGCCUGAUGUCUACCGACAGCGGAGUACCACAACUGUCUGUCCAACAGAACCUUACUGUGCACAUCACAGAUGUUAAUGAACCACCAAGUGCCCCAACAUUAUCAUCAUCAUUUGUGUUUGAGAAUGCCUCUAUUGGAGCUGUAAUCGGUGUAGUGAAUUCUUCAGAUGUUGACUCCGGCCAAGAGAUCAGCUAUUCUCUACUCACUAAUGCUGGUGACAGGUUUCGUCUUCUCCGUAACGAACUGCGUCUCCACUCAGAACUGAAUUACGAACACACCGAUAGUUUCAUUGUGACAGUCGAGGCUAAAGAUAGCGGUUCUCCACGACUUGUGAGUGUUUCGGUCUUCAACAUUACAGUGAUUGACUGUAACGACCCCCCAACUAAGCUUCUAUUUACGGGUAACUCGAUCCCCGAGUUUAAUGAACGUACCCCUGGGGGAACACAAAACGGUUCGGUGGUUGGCAACUUCUCAACAGUGGACGAAGACCUUUGGCAGUCGCACAUUUAUAAAAUCGUUAGCCCCAGCAGUCCGUUCUCUAUAAACGGCUCCACUCUAGUAGUGGCUUGGGUAGACGAACUGAACUACGAGACACGUGACCUUGUGACGUUAAAAGUGAGCUCGACAGAUCCUUUUGGUGAAAGUGUGAUAUCAUCCAUUCAGAUACGUUUGCUUGAUGUGAACGAAAAUCCAAGCGGUAUUUUGUUGUCUGCGGAUUCCUUCCUCGAGCAUGCGCCACUGGGCACAGUGGUUGGCUCUUUGAGCGCGCGGGAUCCGGAUCUUCACGAUAAUCACACAUUUGAUCUAGUUACCAAUCCCAACAGUGUCUUCUCGGUUGAAGAAAAAACUCUCAAAAUUGCCGUUGAUAUUGAUUUCGAAACAGCAAUAGUAAAUCCUCUGUCAGUUCUCGUAAAAACUACCGAUGGAGCAGGACUGUCAUUCGAGCAAACUUUGAAUAUUGUAGUCCUUGACAAGAACGAACCGCCGACAGACAUUGUUUUCCACCCGAGAAAACCUUGCGUCUCUUCAGCCGGCAUAUGCGUAGAAGAGAAUCUUAAGAUUGGGUAUCGCAUAGGAGACAUCACUGUGAUAGACCCUGAUAGGGGUGAUACAGUUACUUGCGAUAUCUUUAGUGAUAGUGUGUUUAGAAUUGAAAAUGGUGCUGUCCUGGUCAAGGGGGAUAUCAACUUCGAGGCGCUAGAUAGUUCACAUCUCAUUGGUGUCGAAAUUAGAUGUAGAGACAGGGGAGGACUUGCUAUCGAAAAGAGUUAUAAUAUUAGCGUCUUGGAUGCUAAUGACGCUCCAAGUUCCGUGUCCUUAUCACACCAUAUUGUCAGCUCUAAUGCAUCAAUAGGCAGUCUGGUCGGGUCGUUUAUUGUCGUUGAUGAAGAUCAAAGUGAUUCCCACAGAUGUUAUCUUUUGGACCCCGACAGCUUAUUCCGGGUGUCCGGGAUUCAGCUUUUUGUGAGAAAACCGCUAACCAAUGCAACGUCGUCUCGCCAGCCUAUCCAUGUGUUUUGUAGUGAUGCUACAGACAUCAGCUUCCCAACGACGUUGUUCAUCGAAGUAAGGAACAACCAUUUAUCAAGACAGAUAAAUAUCUCGCUAGCUUCUACAAAGGUGAAAGAAAAUGAGCCCGCUGGUACCGUAGUGGGGCGUGUUACGGCAAAGGCUUUAGAUCCAAGCGAUUCCUUAGUGUUUCAGUUAGAUGAUGACGCCAACGGAACGUUUGCGUUGGUCAGCGGUACAUCGGUGAAUUCUAGGGAUCUGGUAACAACGCGGCCGCUGGAUUAUGAGACGGAGAGUGGGUACGAUGUCAUCAUCCGUGUGUAUGGCAGUGGAGGAGCAACGAAUUUUAAAGUGUUUCAUAUCCAACUUAUUGACGUGUAUGAAGGCCCAGAACACUUAGUACUUCACCAUAACUCGGUGGCAGAGAACCGGUUGGUGGGUACAUUGGUAGGUGUGAUCACCGUGAAGGACCCUCAGCUGAGCCCCCUAUCCGUUAAGCUUCUCGAUGACCUGAGGUCUGCUUUUGAGCUUCGUUCCACAAGCGCCCCAUAUACCUGGAAGCUUAUGACUCGCCAUCCCCUUGACUUCGAAACAGCUCAGUUCCAUCAGGUUACCCUGCAAGCGAAAGACGUCAACAACUCCUUUGCUGUCAAUCAGAGCUUCACCAUCUACGUCACGAAUGUAAACGAGGCUCCCUCGCUCAUAACACUAAGCAAUCGAGCGAUUGCUGAAAAUUCACCCCACGGGACUGUAGUUGGGAUAAUCAAUGUCACCGACCCAGAUGAAGCGUUUGUACCACAAAAGAUCACUUGUGGUUUGCGAAACGAUGCCGAUGGUAGGUUUAAGGUCAGCGGUAUGGCAUUGACUGUACUGGAAUCCCGGAUGUUAAACUUUGAAGCCCCGGAUGGUCCGGAUCAUUUGGUGGAUAUUGAAUGUCAGGACCAGGACGGUGAUGCAACUCAGCAGCAGUUUAUUAUAGCAGUGACUGACGUCGAUGAGCCACCGGUCAGAAUAGAGUCAUCUAGUGGGAAGUUUGAGGUCGCGGAAAAUUUGAACCCAGGAUCUCUGGUCUCUGUUCUUCGUACGCUCGACGAAGAUAGAGGUCAAAACUACACCUACUGUGUUACACCUGUUGAAUUGUUCAGUAAUGUGCACGACCGGCUGGAAACUCGCCAGAGGUUUAAUUACGAAGAACAAAACGUUUUCUUUGUGAACAUAACCUCCACUGAUAGCGGUAACCAAAGCUUGACGACUGAGGUGGUGGUUAGUGUUCUCGAUGUCAAUGACGCACCGACAGGAAUAGUGCUACCACAAGGGACAGCUAUCGCAGAAAAUACUAAGGUUGGUUCACUGAUUGGAGAGUUAAGCACACUGGACGAAGAUCGUGGCCAGACGCACACUUACCUCAUUCAAGCCCAGACUCCCAGCGGAGUUUUGUCUCUCGGAGGCUCAAACAAGCUUUACGUAGCAGACAGCAGUGCUCUUAACUAUGAGCUGCACCGUCAUGUAAAUAUUACUAUAACGACUACAGAUAAUGGAAUUCAUUCGCGACUUUCUAAAGUAGUGACUUUGUCGCUUGCCAUUGUCGAUGUGAAUGAACCACCGUACGAUAUUCAGCUUUUCCCGGCUAGUGUGAAAGAGAAUUCUCCGAUCGGGACAGAAGUAGGAACAGUGACCGUACAAGACCCUGAUAUCUUUCCCCAGAGGUUUCAAUGUCGGCUUCGUGAGGACGCUUCCGGUAGAUUUGGUGUCAAAAUGAAUGUGUCCAGAAUCGUUUUAUUUCUCACUGGAAACGGUUUAGAAGUGAAUUACGAGAAACACACAUGGCAUAAUAUCACACUCUUGUGCAGCGACAGUGGCGGAUUAUCAUACGAGAAGGCAUUUGUUAUUCAAGUUUUAGACGCGAACGACCCUCCCUCCAAUGUAAUAUUUACCAAUUCACCAGGCGAUACUAUUUUGAGCCCGAAUCCACCGGUCAAUGUUUCAGAUAUCAAGCUAGUAAGCCAGGCUAUCGCGACUGUUAACGAAACGGCCCAUGUCGGCAUCACAAUUGUGGCUUACGUCAGAGUCGUUGACGAAGAUAAUACUAACAGUCCUUUGCGGCCUCAGACGCACACGUGUGAACUUGUCAGCGAGGCUGAAGCCAAGCUUUUCGUCACUGUCGAUGUACACGAGCCUCCGAAAAAGAGAAGAAAACGUUCAAGUGAUAGGAACUCAGUGCCUUCGGAAUUCAUGAUACAGCCCGGUACAAAUUCAUUGUUAGUUCGUGAACGGCUCGAUUACGAAACCCGAGCUAACUACUCCCUUUUUGUCAAAUGCUCAGAUGACGGUGUUCCUAAGAUGUCCACGGUGAAUCCGUUGGUUGUGUUUGUAAUAGACGUUCCCGAAGCGCCAACUGAUAUUUUAUUCUCUUCGCUGACGAUCCCUGAAAACGCAAGUAACGGUGAUGUAGUGUGUAAUUUUACUGUCGUGGAUGCUGACUUUACCCGGACGGGUUACUUGUAUGAAUUGACAUCACAUGGUAUACCGUUUCGUCUGAUCGGUAAUCACAUCGUCGUGUCACGUGUUCCGCUCGAUCACGAGGCCACGCCGCUCAUUACAGUCCAGUUGACAACAGUGGAGAUAUUCACCGAUCUGAAAUUUGUUAAAAUGUUCGAUAUUACGAUUACCGACGUCAACGAACCGCCCAGUAGUGUUACGCUUGACGGAAAGACGGAAGUGAGUGUAUUAGAAAGUUCAGGAAUCGGAAAUGCCCUUGGAAGAUUCGUCGUGAAAGACCAAGAUGUGAACGACACUUCGUUUUCUAUUACAAUCGAAGGAGAGCAAAACGAAAUCAUUGGAGACUUUGAGGUCCGCGGACAAGACCUUGUGGUGGCAAGCCAGCUAAAUGCAUGGUCGCGUGACCAAUACCUACUCAAGGUGCGUGCAACUGAUCGUGGAGGACUAAGUGCCGUUAACAUAAUAACCAUCACUGUGGAAGAAGUAGAUUUGUGCGCACUGAACAAGAGCUAUUGCAGUCCUUACGCCAUCUGUAGCCGAGCAGGCCCGGGCCGAGCCUCGUGUGCGUGCAAACUCGGUUUUAGUGGGGAUGGCUUCCGCUGCAGUGAUAUCAACUAUUGUGAUCCUGACCCAUGCCAUUCUGGAAACACUAUCGGUGAUUGUCGGGAUGGUUUUGGCGGCUGGAAGAAUUACUCGUGUGACUGUAGACCCGGAUGGUCGCCUCCAAAAUGUGAUGUGAAAAUCAACGAAUGCCGCCCUGAUCCUUGCAGUGUUGAUGGAACACAGAACUGUGAGGAUUUAGUCAACGAUUUUCAAUGUGACUGUAAGCCAGGUUAUAGCGGCAGGCUUUGCGAAACUAACAUUAACGACUGCGAGUCUGCCAGCUGUCUUCACGGCGGCACAUGCGUAGACAAAGUGAACGGCUAUAUUUGUCUUUGUAAAGACCCGUUUAUUGGUGUGAAUUGCGAUACAGACGAUAGUAUAUGUCGGGAAAACCCGAAUAUCUGCCUUCAUAACGGAACGUGUAUCUCAUAUGCGGAAGAUCCGUCGAAGUUUUCAUGUCGAUGCGAGGAGCCCUGGGGAGGAAACUGCUCAGGCUGUGCACCAGGUUACAGCGGACAGAAUUGCACUCCAUGUGUAUAUCCGAGGACUGGGGAAAACUGUGACUUAAACUGGGAAAACUGUAAACCAAACCCUUGUUUUCAUGGCGGAACGUGGUAUCCUCUUAGAGGUGAAGACUUUGCGUGUGUGUGUCCACCAAAGUACUCAGGGAAAACUUGCCAAGAAGUCAUCGUCGUAAAUGCAGAUCCUGGAGAGGGUGGUAAGCUUACGAGACUUAGUCGUGCAGGACUGUUCUCUUUAAUCGGCUGCGUUGUAUUCCUCUGCGUGAUUAUUGUCGUCAUAAUCAUCGUCUGGAGAAGGAAAAAGCGACGAAAAUACAGAUCGAACAGUGCGCGCGUGGAAUACCCGAACAGACGACAGAAACCGGAAGUGAGCUCAACUUUUAGAGAAAUGAUGCAGCAAAGUAAAAACACUUUUGAAAAUCCGGCGUACAUCGCCGACCCAGAAUUCGAUGCUGCCAUGGAAACGGCCGUCGAUGGUCCGUUAAACGUCGAUCUCGUUUCCAGGGUGACCGAGAUCAGGCUUUCAGGUAAUGCAGUAGCCUUUGCGCGAGACAAUCCCAUGUAUGAACCAGCUGAAGAAGUAUUGAGAAAGAACAAGGCUGUCGUGUGUAACCCGUUAUUUGAGGAUGACUCUGAGGCGGAAAACGUGAACAGCAGAAACUUGCGACUUUGGAGAAGACCCGAGCAGUUGACAUUCUCAAAAUGUUGAACUUCACAUGGAUAUGUUUUGAUAUUGUUAAUUUUUAGCUGAGUUAAUUUAUUUACACGCUCAAACUCUACUUAUCAAGAAUCAUCUUUUGCAAGUUUAAAAAAAAAAUGGUGUUCAAAGUUCAGAGCAACCUUGAUUUUUUUUCAUGAGGUGGCUCUAAAAUGCAUAGUGUUGAUAAUUUUAAAAGUCAAAGCAUUCAUUAAUAUUUACUAGAUAGAUUGUUCUCGAUAUAUUUUUACGCUAUUGCCUGUUAUAGCUUCUGUUGUACAGAAUUAACUUAUCGAAAAUGUGUUCAGUGGGAGAAAGUUUAAAACCCUCCGUUUUUUUUAUUUCCUUAUAUUUGUUUUCUAGAGAAAGUUUUUUAUUGUUUUAUGUUGUCAAGUAUCUUUGUAUCUACUUAAUUAUCGUUUCGUGAAUCUAGAGAUUAUCCCUUUCUAUUUGACCCUCCAACUCCAAAAAUAAACUGUAAUUCUCCUCUCUAAAAGUAAGAUAUUCCCCUCAAGAUAAUUAAGAAAUUUUGCUGUUAGAUCUGUUUGUCGAUUUACAUCACCUCUGGCAGUUUAAGGUAUAACGCAUCCUACAGAUGGGCCCUGGUUCAGAGAUAAAAACGGCUCUGGACAGCGCAGCUUUUAAGUUCUGUCCGUGAUGCCGUCCAGAAUUUGAAUGUCCUUGUUACUGUAAUCAUCUCUGUAAAAUGGAUUAAACGUACUUUUUAAACGCA